UGCUUUCCCGCCGUGUGCGUCACCGUCUGUCUGUGUGAUGGAUUCCAGCUAGCAAUGGGUGCUUACAUCAGCUGUGAGGGGCUUUGACAGAGAGGAUCUGGAUGGUUUGGACACAGAAUCAAGUUGGCAGACAUGGUGAGGCACAGCAUGAUGACAGAGUUGCAAACCUUCCAGCACUCUCUCCAGGGUAACUCCCUGGCUGUGGGCCAGGUGGGGCAGAGCUGUGGGGGAACUCAGGAGAACAGGGUCACUUCAGUCGAGAGACAGCACCUUUCCCAGGGCCCAGCAGAAAUUGAGAAAAGCCAGCCAGUGAACAUCCCAGAUGCAGCUAAAAGAAAAAAGAAGAAAAGAACCAGAGCGACAGACAGCUCCACUGGCACUUUUGAUGAUCUUUACAAACUAACAGAUGAGGUGCUCGGCCAGGGGGCUUAUGCCAAAGUUCAAGGAUGCAUAAGUCUGCAGAAUGGACAGGAGUUUGCUGUAAAGAUCAUAGAAAAGAGCGCAGGGCACAGCCGCAGCAGGGUCUUUCGAGAGGUGGAGACUCUGUACCAGUGUCAGGGAAACAAAAACGUCUUGGAAUUGAUCCAGUUCUUUGAAGACAACUCCUGCUUUUAUUUGGUGUUUGAAAAGCUGCGCGGUGGCUCCAUUCUGACACACAUCCAGAACAGGAAGCACUUUGAUGAGUUGGAAGCCAGUAAGGUAGUCAGGGACAUUGCCCAAGCUCUUGACUUCCUCCACACUAAAGGCAUUGCCCAUAGAGACCUUAAGCUGGAGAACAUCCUUUGUGAAUACACAGAUCGGGUGUCCCCAGUAAAGAUCUGUGAUUUUGACUUGGGAAGUGGAGUGAAGCUCAGCAGUGCCUGCACGCCCAUAACAACCCCAGAGCUCACAACACCGUGUGGCUCAGCAGAGUACAUGGCUCCAGAAGUAGUGGAGGUGUUCACUGAUGAGGCCUCUUUCUACGACAAACGCUGUGACCUCUGGAGUCUUGGGGUCAUCCUCUACAUCCUGCUGAGCGGCAGCCCUCCUUUCACAGGCCACUGUGGCACCGACUGCGGCUGGGACCGUGGAGAAACCUGCAGAACCUGCCAGAGUCACCUGUUUGAGAGCAUCCAGCAGGGGAAGUAUGAGUUUCCAGACAAGGACUGGGAUCACAUCACAGAGGGGGCCAAGGAUCUCAUAUCCAAGCUGCUUGUUCGGGAUGCAACUCUGCGCCUCAGUGCUGCUCAGGUCCUCAAGCACCCUUGGGUGCAGGGGAACGCUCCAGAGAGAGGUCUUCCAACUCCUCAUGUUCUACAGAGGAACAGCAGCACCAAAGACCUGACCCAGUUUGCAGCAGAAGCCAUCGCUUUUAACCGGCAGCUAUCCCAGCACGACGAGCAGCAGGAGGAUGUCGGAGCCAUCGUUUGCUCCAUGAGGCUUUCUCCUCCGUCCAACUCCAGGCUGGCGCGCAGACGGGCGCAGUCCAACGCCCUGCGCACCACGGACUUCACACCCACAUCGGAUGACCUCACAGCAUAAAGGACCAGCACAAGUCCCCUCGUCGUGUUUUUCGGACUGAUUUUAGCCUUUGCAUGCUCCUUGUGUGUGUGCUUUUUGUUUUCACGGGGAGCCUUGUAGGAUCAGUCACACAGUAUCAGAAGUGACUAACUGUUCUUGGUGUCUAAGCUCUUUCCCAUGGCCAGUAAUCUCAGCACCUUGACAGAGUUUGGGCACCAAGGGGACAGUUAAUCAUCAGCUACCACCUCCUGAUUGAAAACAGUUGAAACUCCUGAGAUUUGUCCAGGAAAUACUUUAAGCUUUUAAAUUUGAGAAUAGCUUUGGGUUUAUUUUACAGUUAGUCUUAAUAAUAAUAAAUAAUUGUAUUUAUUUUCCUUUCAGUGAUAAUGAAAUUUCUAAUGACCCCAAUACAGCAAAACUGCUCCUAAUGGCAGCAGUGUAUUAAAUAUCAUCAGCACAUAUCAAUAUCAACAUCAACACAGAUUUACAUGGGUUCAGCACAGUUUUGCGGCUGAUGAGGUCCUAAUGCAAAAUCAUCUAAUAUGAGAUUUUAUUUUUCUUGUUGUCCAGCUGUGAAUUGGUUAAUAAUAUUUAAUGCAAAUGCUCCCUAUUGCUUCUCAGUCACUGGAGGAAAGGGAUAAGUUCUCUUUUAUUUUUGCUUUUUAAAGCAGGUGAUCAGAUGUGUGUGGAUGUAUGUGGUUUAAAAUAUAAAACAUGAUACACUUAGAGGAGACUGUCCAUCUCUGAAAAUGGCUUUUCUCCAUUUGACCUUUUUGUAAAGUCUUGUCGAGGCUACGUAGAACGUACAGGAAGUGCAGGAAUGUGAAUGGAUGAUGAAGUUAGAGAAAACCCUUUGAUCAAAUCAUUGUUGUUGUUUUUUUAAAUUUAAUUCCCAGCUUUCACUUCAACUCAAGCUACCUGUAGCACUGAUGUACUUUAUGAUAAGUCACUUAUUUAGUUUAUCUGAAAGGGAGAAUCUUCCAUCGUUAAUCGGUUUGGUCUAACAAUGUGAAAUCGACAACUACGGUAAUAUUUAUCUUUUAAGGGGUUUUAUCAGUUUUUUAUCCUCAUUAGAGUCCAGCAUUACCUCAGGCUCUUUUUUUUUGCACGUUUUGUACUGUACCAAUGUAACACCAACCCAAAAAGACUUUCUUAGUGUCUUAAUGUCUUAUGGGUUUGAUAUCUCAGAGUGUUUUUAGUCUGAAUGACUUGAAAUGUGAGAAGUGUUUGGUUGUAUGUGAAGCUAAUGAGAAUAGUGGAUGUUACACUUUGUAAUAAGAUAAGAGGAUUCCAUUCUGGGGUUGAAGGGAUUUAUUUUUAUACAAGUAUUUGUAUAUUCAGUUUUAUAGUUUUGGUUUUGUGACUGCUAAGACUUCUGUCUUAGAUUUUCUCAAGUCCAUCAAGUUGCUGAUAUUUACUUAGUUUCUUUUCACUUUUGUCUUUGUUUAACUCAUUACAGAUGCUGUCUGUGUUUGAACGAGGUCACCAAUGGCAGUCUGGCACCUCUAUUUCCCCCUAACCCUAUUAACUUUAUGUGUUGCCUGCUAAACGACAUGUCCCCUGAUUUCACACUGUUGCCAUGGACACCCCAUCCCUAUAGCAACACAGGGCCUUCAUAGGCUGGCGUGGAAUUGACAGAGAUUUGCUCAGAGUGAAUACACACAUUAGGGAAACAACCACUUGCUAUGUUAAAGCUCACUCCUAUUAUCAAUCAUAAAAAGACUUGUUUGUUUCCCCCCCAUCAACCUGUAAUGGCGUCAAAUGAGAUACAGUAAUUGGUGCGCAAUUACGGAGUCCUACUGAAAUUUGUUAAAGCUCUUAAGGGGUCCUAUGCAUAAAGCUCUGAGCGUGGAGCAUAUUUUCACUGGUAUGCUGUGUUCUCAAUAAAAAGAUCUUUAGCAUCUA